AUCUAAUACUAAGGUAGCAUGUAUCACUCCACUUACCUGCAAUAACAGCGAACGAACGAGGGAAAAGAGAGGAAAAAGGGGGAAACAAAAAGUCUUAGCUUCAGUCUAUAGACUCUACUGUCUGUUCUUUGUUUUCCCGGUCCCUGGAAUUCCACUUCAGUAUGCCAACAGUCUUAGAAGAGGUGAGUCUGCGAGGUCCUAACUGUUAGCUGGGGAGAUGGGAACAAAGAAAUUUCAGAUGGAAGAGAAGGAGAGGAAACUCUCUAGCAAUGAAACUUGUUGAGUUCCUCCACCAUGGAAAUACUCAGAUAAGACAAAUUGCAUGCGAAAACCUCGUUGGCUUCUCGACCGCUCAAUCGGACCUCUUCAAACGUCAUCAGCUUCUUCCAGUGCGCGAUCUCAAGCUUCUGGUUCGAGAUUAUACUCCAAUCGCGAAAAAUGCACUUACAAUUCUCAUCAAUAUCUGUUCUGACCAGGAAGUAUUGGCAAAUCUUGCGGAAGAUGAUGCGUUUAUAGAGACUCUCAUGGUGAAGAUAACGGACGUCAAGGAACCAAUCGCGGAUGACAUUGCUAUGCUCUUCGCCAAUCUCGCCAAGUCAGAUAAAUUGAGCCGGCUCAUUACGUUGAAACGGAGGAAUGCCGAAUCCGUUUCCACGUCUACUAUGGCGAUCGAUCAACUGAUGGAUUGUUUCGUGAAAGGCGCUGAGGGUGCUUUAAAUAAGAAGGCCAAUUUUGAUUAUCUCUCCUAUUUAUUCGCCGAUCUCUCUAAAUCCGAGGCAGGGCGCGCAUAUUUUACCACCCGACAGGAUUAUGACGGUGUUGUCCCUGUCACUAAAUUGACUGUCUUCACUGAGCAUGAAAGUACAGUUCGGAGAAAGGGGGUGGCGUCAACGAUCAAAAAUGUCGCUUUCGAAAUUCCGUUUCAUCCGACUCUGCUCUCCGCAAACGAAGCCAAUCUACUUCCUUACGUGUUGCUGCCGAUUACAGGGCCGGAGGAAUUCAGCGAGGAAGAGUCAAUGGCAAUGUUGCCAGACCUGCAGCUGCUACCCCCAGAUAAGCAGAGGGAUAGUGAUAACAGCAUCAUUGUAACGCACCUGGAGACAUUGUUACUGCUGACAACGACACGAGAAGGUCGUGACAAAAUGAGGGCUAUCAAUGUGUAUCCCAUCAUCCGGGAAUGUCAUCUCCAUGUUGAUGAUGAAGGUGUGCGCGAAGCCUGUGACAGGCUAGUCCAGGUGCUGAUGCGUGAUGAGGAAGGAGAGGAAAAUGCCAACCAAGCUCAAAUUGAAGGCACAAGUUCUAUCUCUUCAUAUUCAGAUAUCCAUAUACAGCAAGGGUCUGCACAGAAUGAUGACGAGAAGGUUGUGGAAUUGUUCUAAUAUGAAUGGCAUUUCUUGCUGUGGGAUUCAUUAGGGGACAUCAGCUGCUUAUAUUGUGAAUACAGUACUAGCUUAACUACUGAUCCAUUACUCAUUGUGCA